AUGAGUGAUACCACAAAUGCGCAUCGACGAGAUGUUGAAGCCGCCUUUGGAUGGUCCGAGUCGCUGGGCAUGUUUCAGCGAGCGGUCAGUGAAGGGCUGCCCAGCAAACGGGAGCGGCGGUACAGCCAGGAGGCUUUCGAUUCGAAUCUUCCGCUGUCAUAUGCAGGGCCGGAAAGUGCUGCCGAAGAAGAAGGAGACGAUGAAAUUGACAGGGAAGCGGCUGCAACGUCCCGGCCAGAAAGUGCCGCCGAAAAAGGAGAAGGUGAAACUGACAAGGUAGAGGCGUUUGAAAUUGACAAGGGUCCUAAGGAGGAGACAAGGAGGAGCAGCGUUGUUCUCGGAACCCGGCCAACUCCAAAACCUGUGAGGAAAGCUGUGCGGUACAGUUGGAAUAUGGAAAGCCGUCUUGCCUUUGGGGCAUAUGUGAUCCUCACGGCUAACGAUUCCAUCAUCAAAGCCUGGUCCAAGGGAUCCAGCAGAACAGCUUUCCCUUAUUCUGUGUUUUCUGUCAUGUUGAUGUCUGGGGUGGUGUCCUUGGUCAUCGGUGUUGCAACAGCCGUGAGCUAUGAAGGACGUGAGGGUCUGAGAAAGUGCGCAAACUUGAAUUCCAUUAAGAAAGUGGCUCGCGUCAACAUCUUCUUUCAGUUUGCUGGGUACCUGAAGUUCAAGGCUCUGACCCGAGUUCCGCCAGAUGCGGUUUCCAUACUGUCCCAGAUGAACUUGUUCAUCCUUGCGCUUACGGUGCAGUUUUUUACAAACAAAGUCUUCUCGCGCAUGCAGUGGGUGAGCCUGGUGAUGACCUGCGCUGGUGUUGUUUUGUACAUGAGCUCCAGGGAAGGGCAAAGCACACUGAUUGGAUCCCUUUUGCUUUUCGUGGUCGCCACGGGUUGCACAUUCUCCACCUUAAGGGACAGCCAGCAAAAAGGAUUCUCGAGAAGGCUGCUGCUGCUGCGUUUGGCGCUACAGGCUGCGUCAACCAUCUUGGUAGUGGACAGUUGGCCGAAGCGUAUGCAACAAAAUCGCCACAUCCCGGAGCUCGGCGUCCGUGCACAUUUGUCGGCAGACGUAUGGCAGGGCGUCCUUUGCAUCUUGGGCAUGUGCUGCUGUGAGUGCUUCGCGUCUGUGUGUUUGGAGGUCUUUUUCAAGCAAGAGACAUUGGAUCCGAAGGAGUCAUGCAACUUUUACAUACAGAAGGUGCACGUGGACUGUUCGAGUAUCCUCUUUUCCUUUUUGUGGGCUUAUGUGCAGGGAGUUCUUCAGGAUGGAGACACGGCCAUCUUGGGGUUCUUUGCAACACUCUUCACGGGCUGGGACAGAUCCACCUGUGUGGUUCUGCUGCAGAUGGUGUGCAAAGCUUGGCUGGCUGGCCUUGUGGCUAAGUUCCUGGACUCAGUUGUGAAGCAGAUAGGCUCCUGCAUGGCCAUCGCCCUGAUGUUCGUAGAGUUAAACUUCAUCUUUACCCCCUUCGCCUCUGUUGGAACUACAGCAAGUGUUGCCGUCGUGGUAUUGGCCAUCCUCCACUAUAUGACAAGUUCUCUCAACAUCGACAACAACACAAAGAAACACAGCGGCGACGACGCAGGCAGACGCGUCCUUGACGACGCAGGUAGACGCGCUCCUGACGACCCAAAAUGGACGGCCAACUAUGCGUCGAUGUCCCGAAAAGUAAAGUAA